AUGUUCGCACAGAGCAUGCGUGAUGGCUCUGCAUGGCGCUCCAUCUCUAAGGACCCGGCUCAAGUCGACAAGCUCUGGGACGAGCUUUCAAACACCACCGGCAGGUCGAUGGACGCUGUCGCCCGCACCUUAAACCAACUUCUAUUCGCCUGGGUCGCCGACAAUGUAGAGAGGCUUACUCUUGAGGCGCCCAUAGCAAGUCAGUCACUGUCCCGCAUAGCUGCCAUCGCGAAAGAGCUCGACUACCGUCAGCUCGCCCGCCGCUUCGGCGACGCCCGGCGCAUGCGCCGCAAAGUCAUCAUGCACGUCGGUCCUACGAACUCGGGAAAGACGCACAACGCUCUACGUGCCCUCGCUGCUGCGCGCAGCGGGCAGUACAUGGGCCCGCUCCGCCUCCUCGCGUUCGAGAUCUUCUCUCGCCUCAACUCCGGCCAGAUCAUCCCGCUCGGCGCCGACCCCGCCUCAGACCCCCAUCCCGAACCCAACGUCGACAUUCAAUCGAACCUCGAUGCUGUACCGCCCCUUGAGAACGGCAAACCCGCCGCGCCUGCUAUACAUGCGCUCGGCGACCCGCGCUACGUUCGCAAGUGCAACCUCAUCACGGGCGAAGAGCGCCGCGAGAUCCCAGGCGCGCACCUCGGCGCGUGCACGGUCGAGAUGUGCGAUUUCAGGACGUUGCGCGAUAUAGCUGUCAUCGACGAGAUACAGAUGAUCGCGGACCCCGACCGUGGGGCGUCUUGGACGUUCGCGGUGCUGGGUGUGCCGGCGCGCGAGGUGCAUCUAUGCGGAGAGGAGACCGCAGUACCGAUUGUGGAGGCGCUGCUCCGCGAUACUGGCGACGACCUCAUCGUGAACCGCUACGAGCGUCUGAGCCCGCUACGCGUCGCGGAUGAACCGCUUGGAGAUCUUUCGAAAGUGCAGAAGGGCGACUGUGUCGUCGCUUUCAGCCGCUCGCGCAUCUUCGCUGCGAAGCGGGAGAUCGAGCUGCGGACGAAGUUGCGCUGCGCUAUUGCGUAUGGCCGCUUGCCGCCCGAAGUACGAAGCGAGCAGGCCGUGCUGUUCAACGAUCCGAACUCGGGCUACGACGUGCUCGUCGGGAGCGACGCUUUGGGCAUGGGCCUCAACCUCAAGAUCCGCCGCGUCAUCUUCACCGAGGUCACCAAGUUCAGCGGGGGGACGUCGUCGAUGGAGCCGUUGACCACGAGCCAGAUCAAGCAGAUUGGAGGUCGGGCAGGGAGGUUCGGGUUGCAUGGGGGUGAGGACGAGAACGUUGGUGUAGUGACGACACUGCACAAGGAAGAUCUGCCUGUGGUCAAGGCCGCGUUCGACGCGCCCAUCUCUAUGCUCCCGCACGCGCAAGUCGGGUUCACCGACGGCUCGCUCGAUCGGCUUAUGAGCAUAUUACCCGAGGGUACAUCCAUGGUGGUCGCGCGCGAUGCACUGGUGUACUGUUCCCGCCUCCCGCCGUAUAUGGAGGCCGCGAAGCUUGGUAUGAAGGCCCGCGCUAAACUCGUCGACGCGGACAACAUCGUCAGUGGUCUUGCUAUGCGCGAUCGCAAGGGCGCGCUCGAGCUCCCAUACCCGAACCAUGACGAUGACACCGCAGCCGUCCUUCUCGAGCUUCUGCGCGAGUUCGCGGAGAAGGGGCCAGUGGAGAUCACGCGCGCGUCUAAAGCGGGAGGCUUGUUGGAGGCUUUAAACGAGGCGAGGCGAGCGCAGCAAGAGCACAGGGCUGUUAAUAGGCCCAGCGAGACGCUAACGCGGCUCGAGACCUUGCAUAAGGUGCUCGUCGCGUAUGCAUGGGCGUACUGGAAGUGGCCCACGUCGUUCUAUGCGCACAAUACCGUUCUUCAGCUCCUGCGUUCGGGCGAAGCGGGGAUGGACUAUAUCUUGCGAUCGUGGCAGAGUCGUCAGCCAAGUCUGAGGCACCGCGAUACCACACAGCAGCCAUCGAGUCCUCAGCCAGGUUUAGAGGCAAGACGACCGCGUAAUUUAUAUUCACAAUAA